GAGCUGUCAACUGUGUUUCCAGUUUAAAGCGCCAGAGCCACAGGCACAGAAAAUCAUGACUCAGACAAUGACGCGUAAGAACUUCUCUAGCUCCAGCUCUCGUCCCUUCUCCUCUCACUCGCUCACCGGUGGAUACUCCAAGCGCAUCUCCGUCGGCACUGCGCCAAGUGUCUAUGGAGGCGCAGGGGGGUCCAGCGUGCGCGUCUCUUACGCACAGGGCACCAGGAGCGGUUUCGAUCUGGCCAGUGCGCUCGGCGGCGGCGACACUGUGUUCGGACAUAACUUCAACGAAAAGUCCACCAUGCAGAACCUCAACGACCGUCUCGCCAAUUACCUGGAGAAGGUGCGCUCCUUGGAGAAAGCCAAUGCGCAACUGGAGCGCCAGAUCCGCGAGUGGUACGACAAGUCAGCCCCUGUCAGCAAAGACUACAGCCACUAUUAUGCCAUCAUUGACGAUCUCCGCAAAAAGAUCUACAUCGCCAGCCAGGACAAUGCCAGAAUUAUCCUUCAGAUCGACAACGCCAAACUGGCAGCCGAGGACUUCAGAGUCAAGUAUGAGAACGAGUUGGUCAUGCGUCAAUCCGUGGAAGCGGACAUCGCCGGCCUGAGGAAAGUUCUGGAUGAGUUGACCAUGAACCGCUCUGACCUUGAGAUGCAGAUUGAGGGUUUGAAGGAGGAGCUGGUCUACCUCAAGAAGAACCAUGCAGAGGAGAUGGCAGCGUUUCGUGCACAAAUGGCCUCCAGCACCGUAAACGUUGAGGUGGACGCUGCACCUCAGCAAGACCUGGCCCGUAUCAUGGAGGAGAUCCGACAGCAGUACGAGGGCAUCACAGAGAAGAACCGCAGAGAAAUGGAGGCCUGGUACAAGGGCAAAUUUGACGAACUAAACAAGCAGGUUUCCGUCAGACAAGAAGACCUCACAAUGUCCCGAAGUGAAAUCAGCGAGCUCAGGAGAACGCUGCAAUCCCUGGAGAUCGAACUUCAGUCUCAACAUAGCAUGAAAGCGGCUCUGGAGGGCACACUGUCAGAGACUGAGUCACGGUACAGCCUUCAGCUCAACCAAAUGCAGCAAGCCAUUCACAGUCUGGAGGCGGAGCUUUCUCGAAUGCACAUGGACAUCGAUAGACAGGGCAACGAAUACAGACUGCUCCUGGACAUCAAGACCAGACUAGAGCUGGAGAUCGCAGAGUACAGAAGACUUCUGGACGGAGAGGACAUUCAGAGACAGACCAUCAAGGUUGUAGAGAUUGUAACUCCCCCCAAACAUGAACCAGUGGUGACCAAGCGCGUGCGCACAGUAAUCGAAGAGGUGGUUGACGGAAAGGUUGUUUCUCGCACUGAGGAUGUCGACGUCGAGGUUGUGAAGAAGUGAAAACAGCAACAAAGACAACCCUAAAUGGCGGCAUAUAUUUUCGGUCUAAAUCUGAUCUAAAUUAUUCCUGUUUAACACCUCGUAUAUAGCGUACAAUCUAAAAUAAAAGUGCAAGCUGCGGA